AUGGCGCAGCAAGAAGAUCGGGAUGUGGGCGAUGGUGUUCGUGGCCUUGCCGAGCCUGUAAUGCUGGUGCGCGGCGCCGGCGGCGGCGACGGGGACGGGGACGGCGACGAGCUCCGCAAGUUCCGGUGCUGGGCGUUCCCGUCGCACAACGCCACGGUGUCGGUGUUCUGGUCACUGUUCCUGGUGAACGGCACGGAGAGGCCCAAGUCGCCGGCGGCGGCGGCGGGAGGGCUGGACCACAACCGGAUCUACUUCGACCAACCCGACGAGCGGUGGGCGGCGGCGGUCCCGGGAUUCGACGUGGUGGUGCUGUCGGCGGGGCAGUGGUACCUGAACUCGGCCAUGUUCUACGACCGUGGCGCCGUCAUCGGCUGCCACCGCUGCCCGGAGCGCAACCGCACGGAGACGGGCUUCUUCGGCGUGUUCCGCCUCGCCGUCCGCAACGCGCUCCGCGAGGUCAUCACCCGCGUCGCGGGCACAUCCUCCUCCUCCUCGCCCGCCCGCCCCCAGCUGGCUGUGGUGACGACGUUCUCGCCGGCGCACUUUGAGGGGGAGUGGGACAGCCCGACCGCGUGCGUGCGCACUGAGCCGUACGCGCGCGGGGAGCGGGAGAUGGAGUACAUGGACAAGGAGAUGCUGCGCGCCGGGGUGGAGGAGGCCGCGGCGGCGGGCGCGGACGCGAGGGCGCGCGGGGCGGGCCUGGCGGUAGAGGCGCUGCAGGUGACGCGGCUGGCAGCGAUGCGCCCGGACGGGCACCCAGGCCUGUACACCCGGGCGUUCCCGUUCGCCGAGGGGGCGAGGGAUCGGAUGCCCAACGACUGUGUGCACUGGUGCCUGCCCGGGCCCACCGACACGUGGAACGAGAUCCUGCUGCAGAUCGUCAAGCGAUGGGCCGACGGCGUCGCCAUCGCCAUGAACCAUUCUUUACCACGUGAGGUUCGAAGCUACCGACCGAGUGGCCGUUUGGUUGGGCGAUUUUGGUCCAAACCCUUGCAAAUAGGUUCGAAUUAUUGGAUGGGCGAUUUUGGUUCAAAUCCUUGGAAAUGGGUUCGAAUUAGAAUUACUCCCAUACAUCGUCAAGAUUUGUAG